AUUACGGGGUUUGUCUAUUGUGUUUGUUUUGUUUCAGUUGCUGAAUUAUCUGACUACUAGAUUACUUGGACGUGCAUUUUAAAUAAGAAAUAUUUUAUGCUACUAUUUGAAAAUCAAUCAUAGACUUACACGUUUUGUUGUAAAAAAAGUAAAUUCAAAAUGUUUGGACAGAGUGCUCGUGCUUUAACGGUACUGAGUCUCGUAGUUGUAACGGAACUUAUUAUAGCAUCAGACCCGGUACCAGACCCCGUACCAAAUGGUCAAUGCGCGAAAAUCGACGAAUGUUCGUGUAAGUACGAUAACGGAGCUGUCGUGAAUCUUCACGCUCUAGACAGAAAAGAUGGGAAACCAAAGUUCAGUAAUGAAACAAAUACGGCAGGGAACGAGUAUUACUCUUGGAAUCCAUGCUCUCCGUUCUCAUAUUAUUCAAAUUAUUCGUCAUAUCACAGAUUCUAUUGUCAGAAUGUCUCUGUCUGCAUGAUACGUCAAGGCAUUCCAAGAGAACUGUUUUACGAUCUUGGAUACCAGGGCACAGCCCGGUUUUGGGUUGACGGCAAUGGUACUUUGAAACUUACAUACACAGUUGACCAAGGAGACUUCAAAAGUGAAACAGAAAUAACCUUACGGUGCUUGACCAAUUCAAAUGUUGACUCCUUAACAGCCUAUGGCGAACAGGCCAAAACCAAUGACGUAGUUUUAUACAAACUAGAGCUGGCUAGUAAAUAUGCUUGUGCUUAUGCAACUACAAGCAUAGCAACAAGGACAUCGACCGCCUCAAGUAACUCGCCUUCUCUGAUCGGCUCAGCAUGGACCACAAUAUGUCAAGUGUUAUUGGUGCUAAUCUACGUUCGUGCAGGAAUGUUGUGUGGAUAAAGAAUAUGUGGGCGGACAACAGACUUUUUAUGGAAAUUGGAUAUAAUUAUUAUAUUAAAAUUCAUGAGUUGUGUUUAGUUCUUGCAAGAUGAUGAAGAAAUUUACAAGUACCUCUGAAUCAGACGGAAUACAUGUUGUAAAGUGUGUACAUAACAUUAUUUAUAUAAUUUGUUGAAAACGGGAAUAUCAAGCAUUUGAUUGAAAAAUAACAAUGAAUAAUAUGGUUUGUUAAUGCAACAAUGAUAAAGAGGAAAGUAUAUAUGCUUCAGGCGUUUCAUAAGUGUGCAUGAAUUCUGCACAAAUACUGACUGGUUCUUAACAAGUUAUUGCCACCUUUACUACGAAUGGACGAAAACAUCUCAGAUUACCUUUAACUUCUCUACAUAAAUGAGAAAUGAAAGACGCCACAGGUCAUUGUUAACUUAGCUACAAAAAUGAUUUUUGUGUACAAAGGACCACGUUUGAUUUGCUUAAGAAAAUAGUCCCGAAUUUUCCGAAAUGUAAUGACAACAUGUAAAAUAACCCGAUUUUAUUACAUAUAUGUCUUAUUUAAUUAAAAUGUCAUAUUAACUUGAAGAAAAUUUCACAAUUGAUUGAUGUCAUGUUUGGUUCUCACUCCAAAUGAAUUUGUAUUACAAAACGACAGAAGCUUAAACUCUGAUCUCCAUUUUCCUGUACACUAUGUCAUGUUGUAAAAAUAUUUAAAAUAAAUUCAUACAUUCAUUUCUUA